ACCACUAAACCGGGACUUAGCCAAUUUUUCAGCCAACGCUUCGAAGUCGCCAUUAUUUCAACCGGUGCCAACAGCAAGACAACAACUUUGAUCGUUUUUUUUUAAUCCAGUUAAUUAAAGCUGAACGGUCACUGCUAUGGAUACGGAUGAUUUACCGGUAAAGAAAUCCCAUUCUGAAGGGAAAUCACCAAUCCGCAUGGACACCAGUGCGAUGAAGCAGAAGCUAAGUAGCCCUCCAAAACAACAAAAAAGUACAAGUAAUCAUAGUUCACCACAUGGCCAAAUUAAAAUCAAAGACGAGAACAUGAAGAAACAUGGUGAUCAUAAACAUAAGGUGUCUUCAGGAAGUAAACCUAAAGAUGGUUCAAUGAAACCCAAGAAUGGUGUUUCGUCAUCAGGAGAUCAUCCAAAAUCCAACACCCACAAUUCAUCCGACCAUUCUAAGCAUGGAUCGCACAAGCAGCAUUCAGGAAGCAUUAGCAAAAGCAAAGAUGGGGAAAAGAAGUCUUCAGAGAUGCAUAAAAAAUCAAGCAGCAGCUCAAAGACCACCUCAAAUAAGUCCAGUCUAGGUUCUCCAAAGGUAGACAAGCAUAAAAGUGCAGAUAAAAGCGUACAUGGUAGUGUUAAAGUUAAAAAAGAGCCAUCGUCGUCACCAGUAAAAGAAUCGUCAGUACAAAGCCCUCCCAAGAUAAAACGAGAAGAUGAAUCCAAAGAUAAAAGUCAGGUAAAAUCAGAGAAAAGUCUGAAACGGACUCACCCAACAAGUUCAGAUGAAAUUAGCUCGAAAAAAAUUAAAGUGAAGGAACACGCAACCAAAGAAAAAGAUAAAAAGGCAAAGAAACGGAAAUCUGAUGAAGGUGAUGAUGAUUUUAAACCCAAUAAGAAAUCCAAGUCAUCUGCCAAAGUUAAAAGCGAAGUGCCAGAAAAGAAGAAAAAGAAAAAAGAGGAUGAACAACCCAUUUGGAAAUGGUGGGAAGAGGAAGGCCAUGCUGGUGGUGAGAAGUGGAAGUUUCUAGAACACAAAGGACCUGUAUUUGCCGCUGAAUAUGAACCGUUACCGAAGAGCGUCAAAUUUUAUUACGAUGGAGAGGUAAUGCAACUAAGUGAAAAGGCUGAGGAGGUGGCUGGUUUCUAUGCACGGAUGCUAGAUCAUGACUACACCACGAGGGAGGUCUUCAACAAUAACUUUUUUAAAGAUUGGAGAAAGGAAAUGACAAGUGAAGAAAGAAAAAUUAUAACCAGCUUAAAGAAGUGUAAUUUCAAGAAAAUGCAUCAAUACUUCGUUAUGAAAUCAGAAGAGCGGAAGAAUUGGUCAAAAGAAGAAAAAAAUAAACUAAAAGAAAAGAAUGCAGCAAUAGUAGAAGAAUAUGGUUUCUGUACAAUUGACAAUCACAAGGAAAAAAUUGGUAACUUCAAAAUUGAACCACCGGGAUUGUUUAGGGGUAGAGGAGAGCAUCCCAAACAAGGGAUGUUGAAGAGGAGAACAUUAGCAGAGGACGUUAUCAUCAAUUGUAGCAAGGACAGUAAAAUCCCAGAACCUCCAGCCGGACAUAAAUGGAAGCAAGUUACUCAUGACAAUAAAGUGUCUUGGUUGGCAUCAUGGACAGAGAACGUUCAGGGUCAAACUAAGUAUGUAAUGUUGGGAGCUUCCUCCAGGCUAAAGGUAGGGUUUUAUCUUUUUGUUUUAAUCAUUGUUGAGAUUUUAAUUUUUCAUCAAUUGCAGCUUGCCCUUAGAGCUGGCAAUGAGAAAGAUGAAGAAACGGCUGAUACAGUUGGCUGCUGUUCUUUGAGAGUUGAACACAUAAACCUGCAUGAGGAACUCGACGGAAAGGAAUAUGUUGUUGAGUUUGACUUCCUGGGAAAGGACUCUAUCAGAUAUUACAACAAAGUUAGUGUGGAGAAGAGGGCAUUCAAGAAUUUGAAAUUGUUCAUGGACAACAAGCAACCAGGGGAUGACCUGUUUGAUCGUCUGAACACCGGCAUUCUGAACAAGUAUCUUCAGGAGCUAAUGGAAGGCCUCACAGCAAAGGUCUUCCGUACUUUUAACGCAUCUUUCACACUGCAGAAACAACUGAAAGAGCUCACAAAUCCUGAUGACAGUAUUGCUGCUAAAGUGUUGUCCUACAACCGUGCAAACCGUGCCGUUGCCAUCUUGUGUAACCAUCAACGUGCAGUGCCAAAAACAUUUGAGAAAUCUAUGACCAAUCUGCAUGAAAAGAUAAAGAAGAAAAAAGAUGACGUGAAGAAAGUGAAGAAAGAAUAUAAAGCGAUGAAGCUAGAGUACAAGAAUAGUCGAAAUGACAAACUUAAAAUAGCUCUGGAACGAAAGAAAAAACAAGUCGAAAGACUAGAUGAACAACUUACAAAGUUAGAAGUGUCUGCUACAGACAAAGAGGAAAACAAAGAAAUUGCACUUGGAACCUCCAAACUUAAUUACUUAGAUCCAAGAAUUUCUGUUGCUUGGUGCAAGAAAUGGGAGGUGCCGCUAGAAAAAGUGUACAACAAGACCCAACGUACUAAAUUCAAUUGGGCCAUAGAUAUGGCCGAAGCAGACUAUGUAUUUUGAUGAUAAUUGUUGGGAAUAGGCUCUAAGUAAAAAUUACUUCCAUUGUAUUGAACUUUAAUUUGCUUUGUACUUCAGAAAGGUCAUUCAAACAUACUUAAAUUUGACAUUUAGAAAGCAAAAUCAGAUCAUAUUUAUUGCUUCCAUAUCACCUUCGCUAAAAGUCACUCGUACAAAUAUUGUAUUUUUGAAAAAUAUGUCUACAGUACCUGUUCAUCUUAGUCUACAGAUUUUUUCUUGAAACAUGGUUUGCAAAUGGAAGAUGGUGCAUGGUCCAACUCUUACUGGCAUUUGCUAAAUCAUCCUUUGAUACUUUCUGAUAACUUUGAUAUUUUUGAAAAUGUUAAUACUUUACUUGUAUAAAAAUAAUACAGAAAAUAAUGUAAUAAUGUGAACAUGUUAUGGGAUUUAAUAUUUUUGUUGUCCAUUAUAAUAAGAACAUUUCAGGAUAAUGAUAAAUAUUUAGUAGAGAACAAUUUGCAGACUUAAAAAAUGCUUAAUGAAAACACUUUAAAGAUGGAUUUUUUCUAAUACUCUUAUAUUCUGAACAAAUUAACUGAAAGAUUAAGUUAAUUUUUAACUGCAUGUUCUUUUGCGUUCAUGCACGUUGUAAGAUUUUGUCAAAUGCAAUAAUGAUCUAGAUGGCAUUAAAUGUAAUCAAAUUAACUGUAAUUAAUAUUGUGUAUUGUUUAAAACUACUGUAUAAUUAUGAACACUUUUAAAGAUUUCAUAAUUGGAAUGAAAUUAUCAAAUAUACUGAAGAACUCCACUAUUGAGUACAACAGCCAGCCAUGUAUUUUAUUCUGCGACAUUUUUGUAUAUAUCUAUUUUGUGUUAUUUAAAGUUAAUUUUAGUCUGCAAUUCUUAGUUAAUACUGAAUUCAACCAUCAUUGUUCAGACUCCCCAUGUAACCAUUACAUAAAGCAAUUAAUCACAAUGUAUUCAGUUUGCAAGGACAUGUUGUACAAAUGAUUCAAUGCCAAUUUUAAAAUAAUGAAAUUUGUUUUGGCUUUCCAGCAACAUUAUUUUGUCAUGAAUUUAACAUUUUUUACUCUCUGAAAUGUUGACUUUUGUAUAAAAUAAAUGUAAUGGUAAACAUUGUUAAUAUCAUGCAAAUUCUGAAUAUAUUCUUAAUGGAAUUAAGGUAGAAUUUUAUAAACGUGUUGAUGUAUGUAAUGGUUUGUGAUACAAGGAUUCAUCAGUAGCCUUUUGUUGUUACUGAAUUUGAUCCUACUGUGUUGAACAUUGCAUUUUAACCUGACUAAAUGGUUUCAAAAUCUUGUUUUUAAUUAUAUGUAUGUGUAUUAACAUUGUGUAGGUACUGAGCAACAAUGGUGGUGAACUCAUCUUCACCUUAUUUUGUAUA